CUUUUAUUCUGUAAUUCUCUUUUUUAUCACAAGUUCUGUAGAGAAAAUGCUCGUUAGCUAUUUUAAUUGCUAUAUCAAGGACUUCAUCGAUAGGUUUAACGACUGGAUGAAAGAUUUGAACAAGCAAUACGAGUUCGACCCGAUAUUGGCAAACAAAUAAGUUUCAAGUUCUAACAGCUCCCUACAACCCUCGCAGUAAUCAGGAGUAUGUGGACUACAACAACUGUGUGGAUGAUAUUCUAAAUAUCUGCCCACCAUAUCAUACUCAUGCUCAAUACAAUCCAAGUUAUCAGAGUCAAACAGGAAACCAAAUGGAUCUAAUUAAAAAGAGAGUGAAAACGAUUCCUUUUAACUCCUCGCCCCAUCAAAUCAACUGGGAGAAAGGUAAUGGGCUUAAGAAUCAUCCAGUCGAUAUUCUGUUGAGCAACAGCCAGAAUAUUAAGAACAAAUCCGAGGAGGAAAAAGUAAUGAGAGAGCCUCCAAAUGAUCUCGCUUCAAAAAUUGCAUUAUCUAUCAAGAGUGUAGGUCAGCCCUUGAAGGCAGAGUAUGAUGAAAAACCUCAGGGAGUGUGAUUUCCAAUGAUCCAUGCUAGCUUUACUAAAGCCACCCCUAUAAAAGAAGAGAUUGAUGAAAAUUGAAACUCUCAUGAUUUCAACAACGAUAUGAUUUUGAGUUCAAACGUCAACGACAUCCAGAACCUCGGUCGAAAAGACUUAAGCCAGGCAAAAAUCUUAAUGAAGGAUCCUCAGCAUGACUCCAAAAGGGAGCCAAGUGAGCUCUCCUUUAACAUUGUUGAUCAUGAUGACAGAAGUGACCUAAAUCUACUCGGGCUAACUACUCAGAAUGGAGAAACAGUUGUGAGAAUAAGUGCAAGAGACCUGAAUCACUUUGAGAUUCUUCAUGAUGAAUCAGAGUUGCCAAGUCCUAAAAACUUUAGACAAAAUUCAAAGAAUAAAGAUCCUUUUGAUGGUCAUAUAAUGGAAGACUUGGACAAUGAUGAAAUCGAAGCCUUAUUUAAAGAGCAGCAAACUCCUGCCUUGUUUAGAGGUACAUCUGGAGUGAUAGAUCCCCAGACGCUUAAGCGAAAGUAGUCUGAAAAGGGCUAAAUCUAAUUCUUCUCACCUAUAAAAUUCUUCAACCAAUC